CCCUUCAUCUUCUCGCGUGGCCACUGGCUUUCGCAUGACAGUGCGCGUCAAGCUGCUCGUCAAAUCCACUUCAACUUUCCUGAACUCUGCAAGAGAGUUGUAGCGUGUUGCGCAGGUGCGAAGUCAGUCGCUUCAUGGUCCGAGCAAGACGGUCAGAUCUCCCGUACCCUCAUCUUCAACACCGACAAUGGCAAGCGCGUUGUUGUGAGACUGCCUAUCCCAGCCGCAAUGUCAACUCAGAGGUCGACACCACUAAGUACUGUAGUAUCUUUCAAAACUAACAUUCCUGUGCCUCGGAUUCUGGAAUGGAGAGAAGACAGCAAAAGCACUGUUAGCCAUCCUUAUAUGAUAGUGGAACACGCUUCUGGUAAUUCUCUGCAUCAGAUUUGGCAAGGUAUGGGAAAGGUCCAGAAGUUCAAAUGCCUCAAAUCAGUUGCUCAACAACUGGCAAAGAGCUCGGAACUUUGCUUCCCGGCAUAA